ACAUUCGACACCAACUUGUUGGUAUCGGAUUCAAACAGCACAAUACUUCACUGCCGGUACUAACUUGGCUCAAACACCAUCUCCACUUCCUUGCCACAACCAAAUUCUUCUCUAACCUCCUCCAACCAUACCUCCUAUUUUUCCAUUGCUCAACCAAGAACACACCAGAUGGCCCCUUCAGGCUUCCAAACCCAGAGCGAGAUUACGAACGGUAGAUCCCUAGAAAGAUCACAUCGUCCCGGGUACGGAUUAGAGAACAACCAGCAGCUAGUGGCUGUCAUACCACAACCCCCCGGCGAGGCUCGUGUUGUGGCCCAAGACCAGGGAGGGUGGUGGAUACCUGCUGGAUUGUGGAAAUGGAUCCUGCACUUCAUCAAUAACGCCCCCGCACCACACCCAGGUCGGCAAGACGGCCAGACCGAAACUCGCCCCACUCAUGCCGAGCACGUGGGUGAUCGUAGGGAGAAUUCCGGAACCAUCGAGGGCAGCUACAACACGACAAAUUACAGCGGUAACGCAAAAAGCUUUGGGCAAAAUGGAAAGGUAACUAUUAAUGGGGAUAUCCACUAGGGCCCGCGAUUCUAUUAGCUAGCUUAGAGGCCGUGUUAUCGCCGUACAUGAUAGACGGGCUGUAAUUUCAUGAUUCCUUAUGGAAUAUGAAACAUGUUUUGGUCUAUCUCUCUGACCCGAGACUGGGUGCCGUCGCCAACAGCCAUUAAGAAACUAGCAUUCCUUUUUUUGGGAUAUUUUUGUGGAAUAUUUCGGCGGAUGAAUCUCCUUUAUUCAUGUUUUUGCAAUUUUACUUUAUUUUUC